AUGUCAACACCACGUGGAUCACUAAGGGAGUCAAGCCGCAGUGGCAGUCAGGCUGGCAACACCAACGCCAGGACCAGCGCCGAGGAUGCCGAGAACAACAGACAAAUUCCACACACCGGAGAGCCUUCAGCAAUCACAACCUCAACACCUCCUUCCACAGAACUGCCUGCUCUCUCAGGGCCUUCAGGCAUUUCUGCACCCGCAUCGAAUGAGGUCGCACCCGAGCGUGAACGAUCCCGUGUAGAAGAGGUAUCUUCCAAUUCGCAGCAGACUCUCAGCCACACAACAAGAGCAACUUCGGUGCCAGCUCAGCUGCUCAAUCAAUUCGAUAUUGUCCUUGCGCAGCAAGACAUCGACACACCAGCGCGAGCAACUUCCGUGCCGGCGCAACCUAUCAUUCAGAAAGGAUCUGAACUUGACGCCUCGUGGCUUGAAAAGCACAGUUCCUUGAAGCCGAUACGAGAAGGUCUCGAACAGGGAGUCAUCAACAAACCCGACAUUGACGACGCGACUAUGGAUCUCGUUAACUGGGACAUGAUGGACGAUGAGGAAGAGCGCAAUCAGCCUGGCACCACAUUAGACGAACAAAGCUCGUGUAGAGCUGAGACGCGCGACGCAUACGCCGCCUUCUCCAACGCCAAUCCGAUCGAUCCUCGUCUGGCUGCCGCAAACAGUACUCUGGCACCCGAUGCUGCACAAGUCAGCUAUGCGAUGGGUGUCCGCGACAAGCUUGCUCCAAACGCCCGAGCCACGUACGAAGCCCUAGAGGAUGAAGCCCGGAAAUUGCCAAAGCCGCCCAAGCGAUGGGAUAGCACAAUCAACCUACAGAACCUCGAGAUCGUGGCUAGUCAAGACAAACCUUUCGUGCCAACUCCUGCCAUCGAGCGCCCUCCCGGAAAGUGGUGGCCAGCGAUCCCUACCGACGCAAACUUCGAUCCUUUCUCUGAGCCAAUUGCUGCAGGCCCCCGUGGUAUCGAGCCGACCAACCUCGUCGCAGAAAGACCUACCUUGCUCAACGCCGACCCCGUCUAUUCAACCAACUUUUCUCGACAAGGUGCGGCCAAUCCUCGUCCCGACUGGAUGAUCAAUCCACAAGAACGCGCAGACCUCGUCCGCGGCAUCAGCAAUCUCGAGCGCGAGAUCGCAGCAAGACCUCCCGCAACUCAAGCCAUCUUCAGCGACAUCCCAGACUUCCCCGCUUCCACGCCGGGCGACGACUUCAUGGGCGUCCAACGCGACCUCUUCCACGACUCCGACGAAGAUGAGCUCAUCGCCAUGCGCGAGCGAAUCAGAGCCGAAGACGCUCGCCAUGUCCAGCCCAAGAAGAAGGCCACACCCGCCAAGAAGCAGACCAAGAAGGAGGAAGCCGCUGACGAGGCCAGUGAUGACAGCUUCCCUGCUGAAGUCUUCGUUUUCGACGAAGUCAAGUACGAUACAGGCUCCAAGGGGCCCUUCACGUACCUUUCUACCGUCUUCGUUCCCAUUGCCAAGGGCCGCAAGCCGCAGGACAUCAUUGACUACUGCAUGGAGCAGUUGGCCGAGAAGCAGGAGUUGAUGACCGCGCCAGAGGAGCAGGAGAAGAAGGAGAAGAAGAUUGUCGGCCAGAUCGCGCUAUGGGAGGCGUACAUGAAGAACGACGACGAUGUUGAGGAGGACGCUGAAGAGGCGAAGAAGGGAUGGCAUUCAGCUACAAUCGCGGGGAUGCAGGGGUAUCAUGAGUUGAGAAAGGAAACGGGAAAGGGACCAGGGUUUGGUAGGGUUGGGGACUAUGUCGAUGUGAAGGUACUGUUGUGGCGGCGUUUCCAGGCGCAGAAGGCGCGUAAGGCGCGUGCGGCUAAGGUGCCAGACAGAGGGGAUGGGGAGGAGGAUGUUGAGAUGGGAGGCUGA